AUGCUUCCAGACGCUGGCGGCCGCCCGCCCCCGCCCACUAGUCCAGAGGGCACAGGUGCCUUCCAAGCAACUAGUCAGCGCAAGCGCUUCCCGUCACCAAACAGCGCCCCACCUCCAAACACCUCGCCGUCGCCCACCCAUGCCAGGGAGGGCACGAUAUCUCUGCGCCGCAGCCCAUACCACAGCACGCGCCAGGCCAUACAACCAAGCAAUACGCUCCCCCACGUAGCAGGAAGUCACCUCACGAGCAUAAAACACCGUGAGCAGCCUGUGCAGUACCACUACAACGCGCGCGGUAUAUUAUCCACCUGCCAUCACACAGCGCGCCCCCCCCCCCCCCCCGGUUUACCCCCCAUGUCGCGCGCCUACCUCUUCCGUAUUGCGCCUACCACCCCACCUCCUCCGCAUCUGUCUCCGCUUUCACCUCCAAUCGAUUUUCUGCCCACUUCUUUGCGCUCCACCUCAACCUCCACCUCGAGCCCAACCGCGGAAAUAGACUCAUGUUUUCAACGGAUGUCAGUGAGUUGGCUCAUCGGUAGCAAAUUAAGAUGGCCUAUGCUGCUUCGAAUAAGGUAG